GCUAAACGUGUAAAAUGCAAACUGAACAUGGCUUUAGCCAGUAAUAAUCUGGCUAGGCAUGACUUGGCCUACUUCAGAGUUAAACCAAAGAAAUUAUUCCAUGAUGUACAUUCAUGUGAUCUUAGGUGGGCCUAGCUAAAAGAGCUUCUGGAUGGGUAAAAGAUAUCACUGUGAUUACUGUGACAAGUCCUUCCCAGACAGCAAAGAGGGCAGAGACAAGCACAUCAAUGGGGUUGUGCACAAGCGAAUGAAGAAAGAGCAUUAUGAUCAGUUUAGAGAUCCUGAAGAACGCUACAGAGAGGAAUCAGCCAAGAAACCAUGCACACGAUUUCAUUCAACAGGCCAGUGUCAGUUUGGUGGUAACUGCAUCUACACUCAUUUGACUCCAGAGCAGCUUCAAGAACUACGCAUGACGGUUGAUCAGUCUCGCAGAGCCAGAGAACCCAAACGCCUGGAUACCGAGACCAUAGAAGCUCUGGUGGAAGAAAUCAUCUCUCAAAGGAAGGAUGAUGCCAAGACAAGAACAAAAGAACGCAAGAGAAUGCCCUCCCUCUGGGAUGCACCAUUCCCAAAUGAUCUGAUUAAUUAUGGGCCCCUUCCACCUUCUUUGUUGCCAUGUGACCCAAAGUCGAACAAGCAG